GGAAAGAUGAACCCAGUAGGCAAAACCCAGCCUUCCUUACCCUCCCAAUCCCUCUUCUUCCCCUUCUUUCUUUCUCUUUCUUUCUUUCCUACCCUGGUUUGGUGGAAAGCUGGGUUCAUCGGAACCCAACAUAGAAACAUCCAACAUUUGGUAAAGAGGGAAAGUAGCCAAUGGAGGGCUCUAGGCUCUGCGUGCUCCUACUCAUUUUCUUGCUUAGCGAUGACUUGCCAAUGGAUAACUCCAAGCUCAAGAGGAACGUCACCGGUAUGUUUUUGAAGCAGAUUGCGCUUGCCAUUUCCUCACCAACUUCAAUAUUCGUUGAUUUUGGGUUGAUUUGUGUUGGCUCAAGGGAUGCUCAGAUUGGCUCCAAUGUGACUGCGCUUGAUCCAUCAUGGGGAACCCAGCAAAGCUGGGUUCGAUUGAAACCCAGAUCUCCUGGGUUCCGAUGAACCCAGCGUUGCUGGGUUUCGUCGAAACCCUGCUGGGUUUGGUUGAAACCUAGCAAGGCUGGGUUCAUCGAAACCUAGCCUUGCUGUUUCGACGUGAUUUCCAUUGUUGAUUUACAAUUUGAUUGAUUUUUGUUAGAAUUUAAUUAGAGUUUGAUUGUAUUUUUGUUGAAAUUUAAUUAGAGUUUGAUUGAUAUUGUUUAUUGAAGCGUUAGUUUGAUUUGAUAACAUCUGUUAUGUUAGGUUUGAGGCUUCAAUGAAACCCAGUAGUUGGG